AGAGCAGACUUAUAAAAACUUUGCGCUCACGCUGCCUGCCUCACUCACAGGCUCACAGGGUUUUCGGCACUGACUGUGCGUGCUGCGAGGAUCAGGACAGGCCAGAGAGGGACGGGACCCCACACACAGCAUUGCUAUUUGGGGCUCCCCUGGAAGCCCCCAUGAUGGGAGUCCACCCCGAAGCCAGCAAGUCCCCAGCUGACGUCCCCAAAAGCUCCGGCACCUGCUCCCGGAGUAUCUUCUGCAAUAUCAAGGUGUUUGUGCUGUGCCAUGGGCUUCUCCAGCUCUCCCAGCUCCUCUACAGUGCCAACUUCAAGAGCAGCCUCACCACCAUCGAGAAACGCUUUGGGCUCUCCAGUCUCUCUUCAGGUUUCAUCUCUAGCCUGCAUGAGAUUGGCAAUGUGGUCCUCAUCAUCUUCGUCAGCUACUUCGGCAGCCGAGUUCAUCGCCCGCGGGUGAUUGGUGCUGGGGGGCUGCUGCUGGCGCUGGGAGCAUUCCUGGUUACCCUGCCCCACUUCCUAUCAGGCCCCUAUGAAUACACCACGCUCAGCACCGGUAACAAAAGCCAGGUCCAAGCUGAACUCUGCUAUGCAGAGAAUAAGUUUGUGUGCCCAAACACCACCCAGGAUCCCCAGAAGGAGGCCAGCAGCAUAUGGGCAAUGAUGGUCAUUGCACAGCUGCUGGCUGGAAUCGGGACAGUCCCCAUCCAGCCCUUUGGGAUAUCCUAUGUAGACGACUUUGCAGAAGCAAACAACUCCCCACUGUACGUUGCCAUUCUCUUUGCAAUUGCUGUGUUUGGCCCUGCUUUUGGAUACUUGCUGGGAUCUGUGGUGCUGCGGCUCUUUGUGGAUAUUGGGAGAGUUGACAUUGCUACUGUGGCCCUGACACCAGGGGAUCAGCGGUGGAUUGGAGCCUGGUGGCUGGGGCUGCUGAUCUCCUCAGGCUGCUUGGUGCUCACAUCCAUUCCUUAUUUCUUUUUCCCUCGGUACAUGCUGAAAGGACAGGACUCGAACAUGGAGGCCGGCAUGCUCAGGAAGAUGGAGAAGGGGAUGGCAGAAGAAACCUCCCUGCUAGAGUUCAUAAAAAGAUUCCCAAAGAUCUUUUUCAGGCUGCUCCUCAAUCCCCUCUUCAUCCUGCUGGUGCUGGCGCAGUGCAGCUUCUCCUCGGUCAUCGCAGGUCUGGCCACCUUCCUCAACAAGUUCCUGGAGAAGCAGUACGGUGCCUCCUCCUCGUACGCCAACUUCCUCAUUGGAGCUGUGAACCUGCCAGCAGCAGCACUCGGGAUGCUUUUAGGAGGAAUCAUCAUGAAGCGCUUUGCCUUCUCCCUCCGGGCCAUUCCCCGGUUUGCUGUGGUGGUGCUUGUCUUCUCCAUCCUCAUCUGCCUGCCCAUUUUCUUCAUGGGCUGCUCCACAGGGCGCAUCGAUGGGAUCUAUCCCCUCAGUACAUUGAGUUCCCAGCAGCAGGUUAAGACGCCAACAGGGUGCCACUGCUCUGAGCACAUCUUUCACCCAGUGUGUGGAGAAAACAAUGUGGAGUACAUCUCUCCCUGCUUUGCUGGCUGCACAAACAGCACCGCUUAUUCCUCCACUCCCAAACAAGUGAUCUACAGGAACUGUUCCCUGAUCCCUGCAGCGAGUGGGCUGUCCUCUGCCAAGACAGGCUCCUGUCCGCUCAGCUGCUCUCACAUGCUCCUUCCUGCCAUAUUCCUCAUCUCCUUUGCUGCCCUGGUAGCCUGCCUGUCCCACAACCCCCUCUACAUGAUGGUUUUAAGGGUGGUGAACCAGGACGAGAAGUCAUUUGCCAUUGGAGUCCAGUUCUUACUAAUGAGACUGCUGGCCUGGCUGCCAGCUCCGGCCAUGUUCGGUGCCCUUAUCGACUCCUCCUGCAUCUACUGGCAGAAGCAGUGCACCCAGCGCCGGUUCUGUGCCUACUACAACAACGACUUCCUCCGCAACAGAUACCUGGGCUUGCAGAUAGGCUACAAGGUGGUGGGCACUAUCCUCCUGGCCCUCAUCAGCUGGAAGGUGAAGAGGAGUAAGGAGUACAACGUGCAGGAGAAGGCAGCAGGGCUGGUGUAACCCACCCGAGGACUGACUGUACACCUCCCAUUACCCACUGCCACUUCUUUGUCUCUUUUGGGUUUGUUUUUCCUCCUAAGGGAGCAACUUCACCUUAGCAGCUCUGAGCUCCUCUCCUGCAGCCCGUGACAGGGCCAUCCUCCCAGCGAGGGAUGCUCUAUCCCAGCCCCAUCCUGGGACCAGCUUCUCCCAGGCUCUUCAGCUGCACCUUGCCCAUCACUUUGGAACAGGAGGCAGAUGGGGACUGGAUCACAGCCCCAUUCUAUAUACUCAGAGAAGUGCCUGCUGUGGGCGACGAUCCCUGCUCCGGUGUGAUGUUUUCCAGCCAGGUAAUGCCCUCCUGGCUGGGAUGGGAGCAGGGGAGACAACUGCCAACCCUGAGUGUACCCCAUGUCUCUCCCUGCCCACACCCCUCGCAGAGGUCAACGUGGACAGUGCACAUGUGAAGUUAUGUGAAAUUAUCACCAGGGGUUU